AAAAGCUACUUUUAUGUUCUGUGUGGUUUUCUUUUGCCAAGAAAGUGAGGUUCAUCACCACACACACCCACACACAUAUAUAUAUAUAGAUACAUACAUACCAUCAGGUGGGUACGUAGUUUUAAUUUUGGGAAAGAAAGAAGAAGAAGAAGAAGAAGAAGAAGAAGAAUGGAGGAAAUGAGGAGAGUGGAUAUAGUUUAUUUUUUGAGUAGAAAAGGGAGCAUAGAACAUCCUCAUCUAAUUCGUCUCCAUCAUCUUUCAAGAAAUGGCAUCCGAUUACGAGAUGUGAAGAGAUGGCUGGGAGAAGUGAGGGGCAAAGACAUGCCUGAUUCAUUUUCAUGGUCUUACAAAAGGAAAUACAAGAGUGGGUAUGUAUGGCAAGACUUACUGGAUGAUGAUCUUAUCACACCAAUCUCAGACAGUGAGUACGUCCUUAAAGGAUCUGAGAUUUCCUCCACCAUUGAUCCACCUGAGGCAGAUUCUUCUUACAAUGAGAAAAUUGAGCAGCCAUCAUCGUCACCAUGUCUCCAAGAAGACAAGAAAGCCACACACAAAAGCCACAAUUCAUCCGACUCUGUCUCACCAAAAUCAUCGUCCCAAAUCGAAGAAUCAUCCCAAACUUUUGGCUCCGAAACAUCCACACUGACAGAGGAUCACGACUCCAUCAAACUCGAAACCGCGUCAGCCUCGCCCGCCAAGCAAGAACAACAACGGCAGCGGCCACCCUCUUUUCCUCUGCCUUCAUUCCCCGCCAAGAAUACUGCCAAAAAAUCCGAUGAAACCAAGGGUUCGGCAUCAUCACCUAGCUCAACCAAGUCCAAGAAAGGCACAUCAUCAUCAUCAUCGUCAAGUAUAUUCCGGAGCCUGAUCACUUGUGGCGGAGUGCACACGCACGAUUCAGCUGUGGUGCCGAUCAAUAAGCCGAAGAAGCCGAGCGAUCGGGACGAGGCUAACUCAGCCGAGAUCUGCAAAAGGGACAGCAGUUUUUGUGGCUCUCAGAGUCAGAGGGUGUUUGGAACUCCUUGUUGGACUCAACAGCAAUGGAAUGGCAGGAAAAGCUUCGAUGGGGCGAGGAACGAUUCAUCAUCAAGGACUGCUGCUUACAAACCGGCAGUUGCCGGGCCGACCUGCUCACAAUGUGGGAAGACUUUCAGACCAGACAAGAUGCACUCACAUAUGAAAUCCUGUAAGGGAAUGAAAGCUGCCAUGUCCAAAGCUGCGGCUGCUGCUAAUCAAAAGCAAUCAUCAGAAGAAUCUAUGGAAGUGGAGAAUAAGGCCUCCUUUUCUGGCCAUUCACAACCUCGUUGA